CACGUACCAAAGGAAACAGAGCGCGCGCGCCUCAUUAUCAUAUUCAAACGAACUGCAGUCGGCAGACCCGCGAAAUAGAGCACUCGGUGAAGAAUAGCCUGCUCAUGCGGCACUAACGAAUUGCCAGCUGGAAGGAUAAAUAAUCCGAUACAAAAGAUUCCAGUCUACGAUGGAGAUUGACAGUCUAAUGAAACAGGAGUUUGUCAGUGUCUGGGUCCAGGAGCCACAAUUCCACAAAGAUGACUUCUGGCACACACACGUUGACUAUGAGAUCUGUUUACAUACCAAUAGCAUGUGUUUUAGGAAGAAGACUUCCUCUGUGCGGAGGCGAUACAGCGAGUUUGUUUGGCUCCGGCAGCGUCUGCAGGACAACACUAUGCUCAUAGAGUUGCCCAAACUGCCUCCCCGGAACCCUUUCUUCAGUAUGAAAAACCCCUACAAGGUCAACCAGAGGAUGAAUGGCCUGCGGGAGUUUCUAGAGAUUAUCCUCCAGGACCCCCUGCUGCUGUCUGACAGUAGAGUGCACCUGUUCCUCCAAUCCCAGCUGAGUACGACCAAGAUGGAGGCAUGCGUCUUGGGUCGGACACGCUACACAGUGGCACAGGCCAUCCAGAUGUGUAGCGACUGUCACCGCACACGCUUCCCCGUAGAGAAGGGCAGCAAGGUGUACUUCAACUCAGACUGUGAAAGCCUCACCAGCACCACAUCAAGUCUGGGCCACAGCCAUGACUCUGGGGUCCCCCAGAGCCCCAGCCCUCUACCCUUUAACUGCAGCACCUGUGAAAAUUCUGAUGGCACCAUUCGCAUCCGGGAUGCAGGAUUCUUCUGCAGUCUGUCAGAGUCGUCGUGUGACCAGGAACACAUGGAUCCCUGACACACCACUUCCACACACACGCACAAAGGGGCUGUUUCCCAGACAAAGAUUAAGCCUAGUCCUGCAUGCUAAAUGGAGAUUCUUUCAAGUGCUUUUUAUUCCAUGGCUAGGCUUAAUCUUUGUCUGGGAAACCACUCAAAAGACUGUUUGCUACUGUUCCUGAUGUGCUUCUCAAACCUCUGAUUAACUGGUGGCGUAGAAAGGUAUUUUUAUGUGGUUCUGUUGGAAUUCUCUCUGCGUCCCCAUCGGCCUUUUUAAAAUGACUGAGCCAUGUUUUCUUAAAGGAUAUUUUAUUGACAUACCCUCUAUUGCGGACCAACUGGUGUUUCUAGUGAAUGAGUCUUGUCCAAAACAGAACGUUGUCUUAAUGCAAUAUCUCAUUCUUGAAAUCUAACUUGUGCUUUACAUUUUGUUCCUUUGUAUGUGAAUCGGUUUACCUGCAAUCAUACUAGGAAAGGUUCUUAAAUUAUACUUUUAAAAGAAUUUUAAAAAAUGCACGAUUAAACUGUGCUAGAAGGUUAGCAUGGGAGGCAGAGUGUUGUAUAGGCUAACUUUUUUAAGUAUUCCAAGUAUCAAUAAAUUUUUUUAGAACUAA